AUGGAUGACAAGAAUGUUCAAGAUCAUAAUGGAUCAGAAAGAACCGAACCGGUCCGAUCAAGAUGGACACCUAAACCUGAACAAAUACUAAUACUUGAAUCCAUAUUCAACGGCGGUAUGGUAAACCCACCAAAAGAAGAAACCAUAAGAAUCAGAAAACUCCUCGAGAAAUUCGGUUCCGUCGGAGACGCCAACGUUUUCUAUUGGUUUCAAAACCGCCGUUCCCGUUCCCGUCGCCGACAGCGCCAAAUCCAAAACGAACAGCAACAGAAAGACAAAACCCUUUAUUUUCAGUCAACCAUUCCUUACUCGGGUCCCACAGUCGGGUUCGGAAGCAGCGGGUCGAAUCUGGGUUUUGCCGGAUCUUCUACCACCGCCGCGGGCGGUGGCAAUAGCUGCGGGUUUGAAGAUAUUUACGGUUAUACCGGUCAAAUUUAUUUGCCGGAAAUUGAGCAUAACUCCGGCAUCCAAACCCUCGACUCCUCCAAUUCGCAGUUUCAUCAUCAUACCGGGUUUAUAACAGUGUUCAUCAAUGGAGUUCAGACUGAGGUUCCAAGCGGGUCAAUUGAUAUGAAAUCUAUGUUUGGUGAAAAUGUUGUUUUAAUCCAUUCUUCUGGAAUCACUGUUCCUUUCAAUGAAUAUGGCUUCCUACUGCACACCUUACAACAUGGUGAAAGCUAUUUUUUGGUAAGCUACCACUCCUAAUUAGCUUUUUUCUUUUUUGAAAAGGGCUAGC